AAAAAGAGAGAGAAGAACCCAAUUCUCCACUCUGCCUCUCCCAAUAGCAUUACUCCCCUUUCUUUCUAUCUCUAAUUCUUGAACCCACUUCAGCCGGGAUGAUCCAGAUUUCCCGGCCAAUGAUCCGGAAGCUACCGGAGCCGAUAGAUGUCGGCAACUGGGCUUUCCGGCACGCCGAUGCCGCCCCGAGCCCGCCGAGCCCACUGGAGCGCAACCCGCUGUCGCCCAAGGGGUGGAAGAAUCGGGAAUCGGAUGGCAUUGGGCUAGGCAUCGUGGCGGCCCUCGAGAAGACCGGCGGCGAUGGUUCGAAGAACCUCGUCGUGGGUGCACCGACGGUGAUUACUUCUCCGAGGACCGCCGGAAGACGGAGAGGGUGUGUGGAUGUGGGUGAAUUGGGGUGCAGUGGAAAGUGCACUGCUACAAGUGUGUGUUGUAGUAACGGAGGGAAAGGUGGUGAGGAUUUGAGAUGGAGGGAGAUGGGUCACUUUUGUGGGUCAACUCACGAGGUUCCGGAAGAUGCUCGGGCAUACCAGAUUGCCGAUUUUCUCAGCUAUUGCUAUUUGUGUAGGAAGAGACUGCAUGGCAAAGAUAUAUACAUGUACAGAGGGGAAAAGGCAUUUUGUAGCUUCGAGUGCCGGUACCGGCAAAUCGUAAGCGACGAGUACCAGGAAAAAUGUGGAUCAGAAGCUUCAAAGCCAUCUGAUGUCUCGAGCUCACCCUACACCGGUGGCCAGCUCUUUUUCACAGGCAUCGUAGCGGCCUAGCAUUUGAAGCCAUGAAUAGAGGACUGUUAAGAGGAGCUGAUGAACAUGAUGAAGGCACCAGAGAGCAUGAGGAUGAGCAAUUAUAUAUAGUUCAUAAUGUUAGCAUAAAUACUAGGUGUGAUAGGGAUCGGCGUAGCAAAAUUUUGGCAACGUGAGCUAUGAGAUGUAAUCUAUGUUUGGGGUUGAAGAAAAUAAUAUUCAACAUUGAAAUUUUCCUCCCUAAAGUUUGGGAAGAUCAUUUGCUGCAUAUCAUCUUGUUUGAUAUUUGAGGGAGUAGAAUGUAUAGGAUCAUGUUAUCAAUCUAUAUGCCUUCCACUCUCCA